CCCCGCGCUCGUCUCGCUGGCCGCGCUGGGCGGGCCUGGCGGAGCCAUGGCGGCCGUGCGGGGCCUGCGGAUCUCGGUGAAGGCGGAGGCGAGCAGCGCCACGGCGGAGCCGCGCGGCGCCGAGCCCGAGCCCAUGGAGGUGGAGGAGGGAGAGCUGGAGACCAUCCCUGUGAGGCGCUCGCUGCGGGAGCUCAUCCCGGACACCAGUAGGAGAUAUGAAAACAAAGCUGGAAGUUUCAUCACUGGCAUAGAUGUGACUUCCAAGGAAGCAAUUGAGAAGAAGGAGCAAAGAGCCAAACGCUUCCAUUUUCGGGCUGAGGUGAAUCUGGCCCAGAGGAACGUGGCCCUGGACCGGGACAUGAUGAAGAAAGCAAUUCCUAAAGUAAGACUGGACACCAUUUACAUUUGUGGAGUGGAUGAGAUGAGCACCCAGGACAUCUUUGCCUAUUUCAAAGAAUAUCCUCCUGCUCAUAUCGAGUGGCUGGAUGACACCUCAUGUAAUGUGGUCUGGCUUGAUGAAGUGACAGCAACACGGGCUCUAAUAAAUAUGAGUUCCCUGCCUGAUCAGGAGAAAACAAAGAGCAGAGAAAACAAUAAGGAGAAGACAGCUGAAAAAACCAAGAAAGAGAAACAGGAGGAAAGCUCUGAUGAUGAGACAGAAGAAGGAGAGGUUGAGGAUGACAAUCCCAGUGAUGUUGAGUUGGAUGCCCUCUCCCAAGUAGAAGAGGAUUCUCUCCUGCGUAAUGACCUUCGCCCUGCCAAUAAACUGGCUAAAGGAAACAAGCUAUUCAUGAGAUUUGCUACUAAAGAUGACAAAAAGGAGCUGGGAGCUGCAAGGAGAAGCCAGUAUUACAUGAAAUAUGGCAAUCCAAAUUAUGGAGGCAUGAAAGGAAUUCUUAGCAAUUCUUGGAAGAGGAGGUACCAUUCCCGUCGGAUCCACCGGGAUGUGAUCAAGAAGAGGACGCUGAUUGGGGACGAUGUGGGCUUGACUCCUCCCUAUAAACAUCGGCACUCAGGCUUGGUAAAUGUUCCCGAAGAGCCCAUCGAGGAGGAAGAGGAGGAGGAGGAGGAUCAGGAUAUGGAUGAGGAUGACAGGGUGGUGGUGGAGUACCGGGAUGAGCUGCAGGCUUUCAGGCAGGCGCGGGAGCGCAGCGCCGCCAGGAGAUCCAGCGCCAGCGCCUCCGACUCGGAUGAGAUGGACUAUGACCUGGAGCUGAAAAUGAUUUCCACCCCCUCGCCCAAAAAAAGCAUGAAGAUGACCAUGUAUGCAGAUGAGGUGGAGUCACAACUGAAAAAUAUUAGGAAUUCCAUGCGAGCAGAUAGCAUAGCCACCAGCAACAUCAAAAACAGGAUUGGCAGCAAAGGAUCCUUGGAGAAAGUUGCAGAUGUGAGGCUCCUGUUGGAAGAGAAACGUCAGAACAACUCUGGGCCACGGCAGCCAAACAGCACUGUCAAAUCAGAUGUAAGGCAGAGACUGGGAAAAAGGCCACACUCUCCAGAAAUCAAAGCUCCAAGCAGUACCUGUGCUCCUCGUCGAGAACCAAUCUCAGAUGUGCACAGCAGGCUGGGAGUCCCCAAACAAGAUGUGAAAGGCCUCUACUCUGACACCAGAGAGAAGAAAUCAGGUAAUUUAUGGACCAGAUUGGGGUCUGCGCUGAAGACACAGGAAAAGACUCCAGAGAAAGCUGAAAACUCUGUGGCAUCUCCAGAGGAAGAUGACUCUGAGCUGCAGAGGGUUUGGGGUGCUCUCAUUAAGGAAAAAGAACAGUCCAGGCAAAAAAAGAGUCGCUUGGAUCAUUUACCCUCCCUACAAAUCGAGAUCAGCCGGGAAAGCAGCUCUGGCUCAGACUCUGAAUCAUGACUGGGUUCACAGCCUGACCCUCCAGGUGCUGACUGCAGCCUGGCAGGAUCCCCUUUGCCCAAAAGCUGGACACUGGCAAAGACUCUGCAGUGAAGGUUCCAGAAGUGUCUCUGUUCUUUUUCUACAACAAGAGAGGCAUAAACCACUUGAAAUUUAAAGCAAAGACAAUUAUCUGGAGUCUGUGGCUGGCCCUGUGCUCUGUGGGGCAUUGUCAUCUGUGUUUAUGACAGCAAAUCUGUAGUGAAUUGUAGCAAAACAUUUUCUCUCCCCAGCUUUGAACUUAAAAGAUGAGGCAGAAAUGCUCUGUAUUUUUAAGGAGACCUUUUCUGUUCUCAAUGUUUUCAUCAUGGAGGCUUUUAACAAAAUGUUUUACAUACUUCAUCCAAAGAACAGGGCAUUUAUUUCAUGAUCC